GGUAUCUCUUUAAUCUCUUUAAUCUCUUUAAUCUCUUUAAUCUCUUUAAUCUGUUUCUUCUCCUUUCUCCAAUAUUUUCUCUCUCUUCUGAAACUUUCCAUACCUUCUAACUUCUUCAUCCUCAUCUCAUCAUCUCAUCAUCUCAUCAUCUCUACCCUUAUUUGCCGACUCUCCACUUAUCGUUGUUCCAUCCACUUUGGUGACAUUGUCUGGAAAUCUAAAUACACGGCCAUACCGAACAUAACCUGAUCCGCUCCGCCAUUUUCUUUUUCCUCUUCAACGAUUUUACGACUGGAAACGAUACUUACGAGUUCUUGUACAUUCACCAGUAUUUCUUUGUAUAAAGCUGUAACUAUACCGAAAUAAUUCACACUCAACUUGUCGACUUAACUUCAUUGAUCAACCAACUACUUCAUUUUGUUUCCUUCACAUCUCGAACUUAUCGCAAUACAACUUCUAAUACUUACUUUCAUUAAACAAUCAUGUCGGGAAUUUUGAGCAAGCGACAGCUUGCGCGGAAUGAAAUGGCUCUUCAAGAACUUGUAAAAUCUCCAGGGAAUAAUGUUUGUGCCGACUGCCAGGCAAGAAACCCAGGUAAGACUCAAGGCUCUAUAUUCAACAAACAUGAACUGAUCACCGAUGUAGGAUGGGCAAGUUGGAGUGUAAGUCCAAAUCGAUCGCCGGCGCACCAUUCAUUGAGCGGGGAGGACAUGUGUUCUGACACUUACUAACAACGGCAUAGUUAGGGAUAUUCUUGUGUAUGCGUUGCGCGGCCCUACACCGAAAGCUGGGGACACAUAUCACAAAGGUUAAAUCGCUGAGUAUGGAUUCAUGGUCAAAAGAUCAAGUAGAAGUAGGUCUGGAAAAAAAGGCAUUCCAAUAUUGUUUCUAAUGGUUUGAUAGCAUAUGAAAAAGGUUGGAAAUGUUGUGUCGAAUAGAAUUUACAAUCCACAAAAUACACGACCUCCAAUCCCUAUUGACGCUGAUGAGGCAGAUUCGGCCAUGGAACGAUUUAUACGGCAGAAGUACAGCAAUGGACCUCAAGUCCAAAGGCGGAAUCACACAGGUAGUUCGAGUUCAGACGAUCACCCUCCACCACUCCCGCCUAAGAAUGGAGCGAAGUUUGGCUUUAGAUCCGCUUCUUCAAUAUUCCCUCUUUCUUCGAAAGCAAAAAAAGACAAUGAAGAUGCGCGCGCAGAAUUUAACGAUUAUAACCAACCGCCAUCACCACCACCGAGAAACAAUAAACAUUCAAGGAUAUUUGGAACUUCUCUAGACGCAACGGAUGACCUAGAAUCGAAGAUGGCGAAAUUACGAGAAUUAGGCUUUAGGGACGAGAAGAGAAAUACAACAGUGCUCAAGGGCUUGAAUGGAAAUUUGGAGAAGUCCAUUGAAACUCUAGUCCGAUUGGGUGAAGGCGGAUCUAGUGCAAGAACAGCAUCCUCUAUAAAUUCUUCCGGGCCGCGAACGCCCGCUAGUCCGCCUGGUUUAUCAUUUGAGCGGCCUCAAGCAACCAGUCCCACAACGUCAUCGGCCUCCAACAACCCAUUCGAUAGGCUUGAUAAUCCAGUCUUUCCUCAUGUGCAAUCUACACAGUCUACAGGUUCAAUGGUACAAGCACAGCGUCAGAUGAUGGGAGGAAAUCCAUAUCAGAACACUACGAGCACAAAUCCAUUCGGAUUAAUGCCAUCUCAAUCACAACUCAAUUUGAAUCAGUCAUUCCAAAAUAUGUCGGUUUCUUCGCCACAGCCCCUUUUCCCUCACCACACAGGUGGGGUCCCUGGUCCUCAACCACCGGCAGUACAACAACUAUACCAACAAUCUAUGGCGCCUCCUGUUCCUUCCCUACCGCAGCAGUACUAUCAGCCCGUUGUAUAUGAAAACCAGGGCCGGCAAUCUCAAUCACAGCAAAUCGAUCGAAAUAACAUGAAUACCAAUCCAUUCAUGCAACAAGCACCACCGCCAGUCGUCAACACCAACCUCCAAUCAAAUCCUUUUAUGCAACAAGCCGCAACGAAUCAAACUUUGUUCGCAAGUCCGGUCGCUCAAACGCCUCAACAGCAAUAUCCAUCUGGGAACUACAAUAUGGGAGGACAAAAUCCUCCACCACAAAUGAAUCCAUUCCUCAACCAAGCGAAUAUGCAACAGCAGCAGCAGCAACAGCAACAGCAGCAAGCAUUGCAGCCACAAUAUGGGUACCAACAACAACCGCAAUCUCAAUACCAACAACCUCAGGUACAACCCCAAAGCUCUCAGUAUGACCAAUAUCGGCAGCAAACCUACCCUAUGAUGCCACAGCCGACUGGGAGAUUAGUAGACAAGCGCAGUAUUUUGGAUCUCUACAAUUAUCCUCAAUUAGCGCCUACUCAAAUUCAGCAGCAACAACAAGAGCCAGAUCCCAUCCAACAGCAGGCGCCUCAAGCCACGGAUAUGGCGCAGCCUAAUGGACAAAUGUCAAGCGGUAGUAACAACCCCUUCAUGUCGAAUGUAGCGGCAGCACCGAAUGGGGGAACGAACACUAGCAAUGGAUCCGGGAGACAAAUUAGUCGCGAGAGUAUGAUGAUAGAUGGUGGGGGUUGGCAAAAUGGAAGACAUAGUCCGGAUGCAUGGGGGCAAAUUAGUGGGAGGCGAUGAAUAAAGACAAAAUAUCGUAAAAGAGAAAAUAAUAAUUCUUGGCUUAGAAACAAGUUCACAAAUGAUGAGCGAGUACGAACACCGUAAG